GAGUUGUGGUAAUCUCGCCGGCGGUCCGUAGACUAUUUUAAUUUAGACUUCUAGGGUCCACCACCUUAUCAAUUCUCAGGAGGACUCAGACAUACGCUUCGAAGCAAAUCUGCGAGUCUCACUGUCCGACAACCUUAUGGGGACAGUCCAGUGCUGCGCGAAGGUUUACUCUAUUAAUCUUCCGAUAAGCCAUUGAGCGUGUGGGAUUCGUCUGAUUAGAUGGUUGGGGUAGGCCACCUCCUGAGAGCAUCAAAAGGUGUUAGGCCCUAGCAGUCUUUUAUCAGACGGAAAUAUCACAAGGGAAACCUUAAAGAAGUGAAGCUGCUGGUUAAUCUCCUGUGGCAGAGUUAUAAAGGCUUGCGAAUAUUUUCUCAGCCCUCUUAUCACCUUAUUUCAUCCUUCCGCAAGCCCCCCUUAUCAACACGACGAUGGCCAACAAAGCAAAACUUGAGGCGCUUCUCACUCUGAUUACUAAAUCUGCACGAGAUGCCAUCGCUCUUUACGAGCAGCACGGUGAUGUACCCUCCAUUGACCAGAUGGAACCCCAUCCGUUGGACGAUGCUGUCGACCACAUUGCUUUGAAGAGUUCUAUUCGUACACUUGAAGGUGCUUGUGCUCAGCUAUGCACGACACUUGCUCCACCUGCCCAUACUGCAAUAAACCUUGUCCAAGUGUACGAUUACGCCUGUGUGCGAGUAGCUGUUCGGGAAAAUAUUACAAAUGUUCUGUUGAACUACCCUGAGGGUAUUCACGCCAAUGAGCUCUCCAAAAUUAUCAACAUCGAGCCGAAGAAACUGGCCAGGAUGAUGCGUCUCCUAGCUACGCGAGGUUGCUACAAUGAAGUUGACACGGACGUUUUUGCCAAUAACCGUCUGUCUCUGAUCCUUCACAGCGAGAACCCUGUCCGACACAUGGUCUCGCUUCAUGUGGAGUCAUGUGCCAAGGGAGCAUCAGUGUUCUACGAGUCUCUCAAAGACCCGAGGACUGGGUACUCGUAUGAACCAACGGAUGCGCCGAUAAUGUAUGCCAACAACAAAGAGGGCAUCCAAGGAACGUUCUUCGACUGGAUGAGGCAGGACGACGAUCGACGUGAGAGUUAUCAUUGCUCGAUGAGAGGUAUGAGUGGCAUCAUGGGCUCUCUUGCUGUCCUGACUCAUUUCCCAUUCGAAAAGUACUCAACCGUUGUCGAUGUUGGAGGAGGUAUCGGCGCAUUUUCCCUGCCAUUGGCCAAAAUGCACAAGAACAUAAAAAUUACAAUACAUGAUCUUCCAGAGGCAUUGGUUCAGAUCUGGGCAAGAGAGUGCCCUGAAGCUGUGGCAGAAAACAGAGUUGAGUUCGAGGGGCUGAACUUCUUCGAACAAGUGCCCGUAAAGGGCAAGGACAUCUAUUAUCUCAGAAAUAUCAUUCACGACUGGCCUGACCACGAGUCUAAGCUCAUCCUCCACAAUGUUCGCAAGGCGCUGGGUCCAAACAGCCGCGUCCUUAUCCAUGACUAUGUGCUCCGCCAACUUAGCCGCAAGCAGGCAGCAGUUGAAGCUUCAAUGUUGGGAGUUGUUGUGGCUCCUGAACCGCUCCUUCCAAACUUUGGCGUUGGAAAUAUGCGCAUGUAUCAACAAGACAUGACCAUGUUAUUGGCACACAACGCGAAGGAGCGAACAUUGCAAGAGUGCCUCACACUCUCCACGGCUGCUGGUCUGAAACUGGAGAAGGUCUGGGACCUUGCUGAAGCAUGCAUCUUGGAGUAUUCUGCCGCAUGAUGAUCCACGAGCCAACUGCUAGUAGUAGUUUUUGGCUUAUGUAUAACUGCAUAUACUCCAACUCGUCUUAAGAUUGGUGGGUUUCGCGAUGUACCUGGGAACCAGUUAUCAACGUAUAUGGAAUAGACUUCGGCCAAACUUCCAAGAUAAGCUCGACGCG